AUGGCUGUUACGGUGUUGCUCGCCGCCGUCGCUUCCCGCGAGGUCUUUACCAACUCCUUCUUGGUGCGAUUCAAGCGUUCACUCCGGCAUGAGGAAGCGCAGGAGGUCGCGCUACACCACGGCUUCGAUAACCUAGGACCGGUGCUGGGUUCUGAUACGGAUUGGCAUUUUGCUCAUCGAGGCCUACCGCAUGCUCGCCCCCGGCGUUCCAUCGCACACACGCGAUUACUGAAACAACACCCACUCGUUCAUACAGCAAUACAACAAACAGGUUUUAAGCGAGUGAAACGAGGUUUUCGCCUUCUAAGAGUGCCCGAGCCCGUACCUGCUGCUGAGCCUCGAGAUCCUUACUUUCCUUUGCAAUGGUAUCUGAAAAAUACCGGCCAAAAUGGCGGUAAACCGAAGUUAGACUUGAAUGUGGAAGCGGCCUGGGCUCAGGGAUACACCGGUGUGAAUGUUACAACAGCGAUUAUGGAUGAUGGCGUAGACUACAUGCAUCCGGAUCUGAAGUAUAAUUAUAAUGCAGAGGCGUCGUAUGAUUUCAGCAGCAACGAUCCAUACCCGUACCCACGGUACACCGAUGACUGGUUCAAUAGCCACGGGACACGGUGCGCUGGUGAAGUUGCCGCUGCCCGCGAUAAUGGUGUAUGUGGCGUCGGCGUCGCUUACCAUUCUAAGGUUGCAGGUAUCAGAAUGCUAGACCAGCCGUACAUGACUGAUCUAAUAGAAGCAAACUCUAUGGGACACGAACCUCACAAGAUUCACAUAUACAGUGCUUCGUGGGGGCCUACGGAUGACGGGAGAACUGUGGACGGCCCGAGGAAUGCUACUAUGAGAGCUAUUGUUCGAGGAGUUAAUGAGGGUCGCAAUGGUCUUGGUAAUAUCUACGUUUGGGCCAGUGGUGAUGGUGGCGAGGAUGACGACUGCAACUGUGAUGGCUACGCAGCGUCCAUGUGGACAGUUUCCAUAAACAGUGCAAUAAACGACGGUCAGAACGCCCACUAUGACGAGUCCUGUUCGUCUACGCUCGCCAGCACAUUCAGCAACGGCGCUCGGGAUCCCAGCACAGGCGUAGCAACCACAGAUUUAUACGGAAAAUGCACCGCGACUCAUUCCGGUACUUCAGCGGCAGCGCCAGAAGCGGCCGGCGUGUUCGCAUUGGCACUUCAUGCGAAUCCAAGUCUCACGUGGCGCGAUAUACAACAUUUAACGGUUCUAACUUCAAAGAGAAAUUCACUAUAUGACGCAAAGGGCCGUUUCCAUUGGACAAUGAAUGGAGUGGGACUAGAAUUCAACCAUUUGUUUGGGUUCGGUGUUCUUGACGCAGGCGCAAUGACUGCUUUAGCCGCUAAUUGGAGAUCAGUACCGCCACGCUACCAUUGCGAAGCAGGCUCUGUUAAUACUCAUACUGAGAUUCCGUCGGAGGGCAGUGUGACGUUGCGUAUCGAGACUUCGGCGUGCGCGGGCUCGGGCAGCGAGGUGCGCUACCUGGAGCACGUGCAGGCAGUCGUCAGCGCCAACGCCACCCGCCGCGGUGACCUCGAGUUCUUCCUGACCAGCCCCAUGGGCACUAGGUCAAUGAUCCUGAGUAGGCGCGCCAACGAUGACGAUUCCAGGGACGGCUUCACCAAAUGGCCCUUCAUGACAACGCACACAUGGGGUGAAUAUCCUCAAGGCACUUGGACAUUGGAGGCAAGGUUCAAUGGUGGAUCGGGUCCAAGUUCAGCAUCCGGUUGGCUGCGUGGCUGGUCGCUAGUACUUCAUGGUACGCGCGCCCCUCCCUACGCCCAGCUUCAGGCACAAGAUCCCAACUCGAAACUCGCUGUGGUGAAGAAAGCUCAUGAAGACAACGCCCUUAGCAAAUAG